AUGAGCUUGCAAGCAAGAACUUGGCCUGUUAAGGCGUCAGGGAAGUACGCGACGAAGUUGAAGUUGCUGCAGGAGGGAAGACGGCUCUUCGAGCAGAGCAAGGAGAAGGACAGAGAGGACAUGAUCAGGCACUUCAACAAGCUGGCGAUGCAAAAACACAAGACAGGUCUUUCUCAAAAGAAGAUACUGACGUUUAUUUCUGGCGUGAGUGGACGGGCCGGCGAAGCAGAGGACUGGGAGAGACACUGGUGGAAAAGCGUGAGGCGAUAUCGGCAGAAGCUGCGGCAGCGUGGCGACGACAGUGGAGUGGACAGCGAUGUGCCGAGGCAUGUGGAGCGAGAGUGUGCGGCGGACAAGAGCACACUGCGGCCGCUGGAGACGCCCUGGCGGGAGGUUGUGGUUGAGGACCGCCGGGAGCUCUCGUUUGACGAGCGGGUCCGCCGAGUCCUGGAAGAUAUAUCCGGGAAAGUGCGGCGUGUCGAGGCGGGUCAGACAGAGGUGCUGCACUGUGGUGAGUACGCGGACGAGGUGGUCGACGACUUCCGCUGCCGAAUAGCGAGGUGGGAGGGCUGCCCGACCACAGAUGUCGAGCGGGUGAGGGAGGUUGUCGAGCUGGCAGGCAGCCAGUGUCUUGGGAAGCGCUGGCUGGCGCUGCUGGACGCGUCGGCAGCAGCCACAGCCGCAGACCUUGUUGAUGUCGUGGAGGGCGUGAUCCACCGCAGCGACAGCUGCGUUGUGGCCGACGAGACGCUGCUGGAAAAGACGGUGCUGCGGUGUCUGGCGUCGCCAGGACUCGAGGCCGUCGGCGUGGCUCUUUUCCGUCUUGCGGUUGUGUGCGGGGAGCACCGCAGGAAACCGCUUCAGGCUCAAUCAACGACAGAGCCCCGUGCCAGAGACGACCGCUACGGGCUUGCUGAGGGGGUGUUGAGGUUGCACAAGACAAUCACAAGCGCUGAGCCGCUACUUGGCAACUCCAACAAACACCACAAGUCUGCUGUCGUGGUUUUCCCCUUUUUCCGCGGGGCACAAGCCGUCCGCGUCGGUGUACGGGUGUGCGCAGCACUCCGCGGCCUCCGGGACGGCGAGCUGAUGUUGUGGGCGAGUCGUGUGGUGGUUGCGCACUCGGAGCCCGCCGGGUCUCGCUAG